UAUAAAUUACUUGUUCAUUUCAUGUUGUUUGGUGUGUUUUCGUGUUUUAUCUAAUUUUUAUAAAAAUGAUGAGUCGCAAAAGACGUGCAAGUUCCAUUUCAAGUAAGCAGGAUGAAGAUCCUCUACAAAUGGAUGAUUCCACUCCAGAGCAAUCACCAGUACUACAAACUUCAGCACGAAAAAAACGCCGGCCAGACCCGUCUGAAUUGUGUCAGCAGCUGUACGAUUCAAUACGAAGCAUUAAAAAAGAAGAUGGCGCUCCACUAUGCGAUACUUUUAUACGUGCACCAAAACGGCGUCAGGAGCCUUCAUAUUAUGAUGUUGUUGCAAACCCUAUAGAUUUAUUGAAAAUUCAACAAAAAUUAAAAACGGAUUCAUAUGAUGAUGUAGAUGAAUUGAUGCAAGAUUUCGAGCUGUUGGUAAAAAAUGCUAAAGCGUUUUACAAGCCAGAUACUGUUGAACAUCAGGACGCUCAAGCGCUUUGGCAACAUAUACUUGUUAAUAAGCAUAGAUUAUUAGAGUCGAAUGGUAUUGUUGAGGAAGAGCCUAAGGCAAAACGUCUUUCUCGAAAUCCAAGGCGUUUGACUGGGUCAACUGGUAACAAUGGUGGAGCCGACGUGGAUAAUGAAUCUACACGCCCCGACGAUGAUUUAAAUCCAUAUGAAGAACUUUUUGCUGCUGUAAUGACAGCAGUAGACCCAACCAUGAACGAUCGACCCCUUCAUCGUAUGUUCCUUCUACUACCUUCUAAGAAGAUGUAUCCAGAUUACUACGACGUUAUUGAGCAUCCCAUAGAUUUAAGAUUAAUUGCGACUAAAAUUCAGAUGAAUGCAUAUUCCAGCCUAGUGGAAAUGGAGAGAGACCUCCUACAAAUGACGAAAAAUGCUUGUCAAUUCAAUGAGCCUGGUUCACAAAUAUAUAAAGAUGCUAAAACUCUUAAACGACUGUUUACACAGCGACGAGUAGAUAUUGAGAAUGGUAAAGUAAAGCCCUCAAGACGCAUAAAAACUCUUUCAAGUGCUGCAAUUUCUGCCAUGAAAGAAGAUGUGGACAGCUCUGACGAUGAAGAAACGAGUAAAAAAGGGGAAGGCCCCAUGUGGACACUCUUUGAUCAUUUAUAUACUGCUCCCGGUUCUUCCGAGCACCCAGGCGCAACAGGACCUCCCCUGGGUACUUCACUGUGGAAAUUGCCAGUUCGUCGUUUUCAUCCCGAGUAUUUUGAACUUAUUAAGCGCCCAAUUUCUAUGUGCCAAAUACAUACUAAACUUAAAAAAGGAGAUUAUGCAAAUAUAAGCGAUCUUACGGCUGACCUGUGUCUUAUGCUAGAUAAUGCAAAAAAAGCAUUUCCUCCAACACAUCGCACUCAUAAGGAUGCUGUAAAAAUGUUAAAAAUUAUGAAUACAAAAUUAGUCGAAGAAUCUUUGGAACCGGAAACCAGCGAUAUGGAAGACGAUGGCGAUGUUGACGGGGAUGGGGAAGAUACUUUGAUAAGUAACAAUGCACCACGUGAAAAGAAAAAAGGGCGCCCACGUAUUAAUUCUAACAGCACAAGCGCUCCAAAUACACCCAAUAGUAAUUCACCGAAGUCUAGUCGGAUUCCAAUAAACGCUGCAAUAAAAAAGAAAAUUUUAAGUAUACAAAAGUACUUGGUUGACUUUACAAUAAGUAAUCGAAGGCCAAUUGAGUUGUUCAUGGAGAAACCUCCAAGAAAAAUUUAUCCCGACUACUAUGACAUUAUUCAAAAUCCGAUUGACAUGAAUACGAUUGAUCAUAAUAUACGUUGCGAUAAAUAUGCUACAGUAGAAGAUGUCGUGGCGGACUAUCGACUUAUGUUUUCUAAUUGUAGACAAUAUAAUGAAGAAGGAUCCAACAUAUAUGAAGAUGCUAAUAAUUUAGAAAGGGCAUUGAAUGAAAAGUUAAAAGAAUUUCCUGGUUUGGCGGAUAUAAAGAAACCGUUACAGAAAUUGGCGAAACCUAGCGGCCGUAAAAAGACAGCAGUGGUUGAUAAACUAUGGCAAUUUUACGAGACAAUAAGGGAAUACCAAGAACCAAAAGGAAAACGACAACUGUCAUUAAUAUUUACCAAACUUCCCUCGAAAAAUGAGUACCCAGAUUACUAUGACAUUAUAAAGGAACCAAUUGAUAUGGAGCGUAUAGCGCAAAAAUUAAAACAAGGAAGCUACGAGACAGUCGAUGAAUUGGGAGCUGAUUUCUUGUUGAUGCUUGAAAAUGCUUGCAAAUACAAUGAACCGGACUCACAGAUAUACAAGGAUGCACUGGUACUACAGCAAUUGACUUUACAAUUGAAACAAAGUUUGCGCAGUGAACAAUCAUCCACUCCAGAUGUUGCUUUAGCUGUACAGGAAUUGUUUCUUGGUUUAUUUACCCAGCUCUAUAACCAUCAGGAUGAAGCUGGAAGAUGUUAUUCCGACUCCUUAGCUGAAGUUCCUGAGUAUGAUGAAAUAACCGAUACAAACGGCAAAGUGAAUAAAAUACGAGGAAUCUCAUUAGAUUUAAUCAAACGGCGUUUGGACAAGCUUGUCUACAAGCGUUUAGAUGUUUUCCAAGAAGAUAUUUUUUCAUGCCUCGAACGGGCUCGACGUUUAUCGCGAACUGAUUCCGACGUGUUCCAGGAUUCUAUUGAACUACAGAUGUUUUUCAUUAAAAAACGUGAUGAGUUGUGCAAAGAUACAUUCAGUUCACCAGCACUAAUGUACACAGUUGGAAAUUUACAUGCCGAGGUAGAGGUGAUGCGUCAACAGAAGCUUGCACAGGAAGAUCAAGAUCAGGAGGACAAGGACGAAUUGGAUACCGCGGCAAUGCAAGGCGAAAGUAUGACUAUUAACCAAAAGGUAUUUUCGCCUGGAGACUUUGUAUACUUUCAACUACCGGAAAACAAAAUACCUAGUAUUGCAUAUAUUGAGCGUCUUUGGACCACUUCAGAUAAUGUGAAAUGGAUGCACGGCGCAGUUUUCUUACGUCCACAUGAAACGUACCAUGUGACAACUCGAAAAUUUCUCGAAAUGGAAGUAUUCAAGAGCAGUGUUUCUCAGACGAUUCCAAUGGAUAAGGUACUUGGUAAAUGCUAUAUAAUGCAUAUAAAAGAUUAUAUCAAAAUGAAGCCAGAAGGUUUCGCUGAGAAAGACGUAUUUGUGUGCGAAUCGAGAUAUCAUAUGCGAGCGCGAUGCUUUAAGAAAUUUAAAAUUUGGCCCUUUGUUCGUGAAAAUGAUCCUGUUCGCUUUAUAGCCCGAGAUCAGCCAGUAGAGCUGAAAAGAGUAAUGUCGGUUUUUAAAGAACGCAUUGAAAAGCACAAGGGUGAGUUGGAAGAGCUUAAGUUGCAGGAGGCACUGGUGGAAAAGGAGAAGCCCAAUGUGGUAUGCGAUGCACCACCCUUAAAUGGAGAGUCGAACAGUGUUUACUACCAGCAAUUUAAUACUAUUUGUAGUGGUGCUGUUAAAAUCGGUGACUUUGUUUACGUAGCUACGCAAAGUGGAAAACAGUCAAUUGCGCAGAUACAUCAAAUAUGGGAGAAUGCAAACAAAUCUUAUUUCAAAGGACCUUGGCUUUUGACACCCAAUGAAAUAGUGUCUCCAUUGAACAAACAGUUUUAUCGGCAGGAACUAUUGCUGUCAACCGUUGAGGACAUUAGUCCACUAAUAGCUAUUGUUGGACGUUGUGCUGUAUUGGAAUAUGCUGAAUAUAUAAAUAGUCGCCCGACAGAGAUCCCAGAGAGCGAUGUUUAUAUCUGCGAGUCUGUUUACGAUGAAUUGAGAAAAUCAUUGCGGAAAUUAAACACGCCAGGAGGUUUGCGCAAAUUUCAGCACAGUGCUGAAGUGACACAGGAUGAAAUAUUUCAUUUUAAAACCCCUAUUAAACCAAGCAAGGAAGUUAGAAACUCUGAAGCUAGUGAGAAUUUGGGUAUGCUCGAAGAUUCAUUGGACGGAAAUCCGCCUUCUGUAAAUUCGGAUGUAGCUGCAAUAUCAUCUCCAGCACCUUCGGUGUCUUCUACACCAAUGUCAUCGAAAGUAAAGAAUAAAAGCACUAAAAAGAGUCUUACGGGUUAUAUCCUUUAUUCGAGCGAAGUGCGCAAAGGUAUCAGUCAGAGCAAUCCAGAUGCUUCAUUUGGCGAUAUAUCACGUAUGGUGGGCACCGAAUGGAAGAAUUUGCCGGCUAGUGUCAAACAGAGUUGGGAAGAUCGCGCUUCACGACUAAAUGAGGAGUCAGCCGCACGCCGAGAAAUAGAUGAAAGCUUGAAUUGCGCUGGUGGUACCGCUAGUGGUAGUCCGGGUCCCAAUGACCAACAGAAUGGUCACACAUUUGAGUGUCUAUGGGACAAUUGUGAUUAUCAAUUCGAAGACGCCGUUGAUUGUAUGGAACAUUGUAUUCAAGAUGGCACAGGCCAUAUUCAACGUACCGUUUGGCAAGGUACCGACACCGAGUUCACAUGCUUGUGGCGUGGCUGCAUUCGCAUUAAAAAGAAUAUGCAAGCGUUUCCAUCGCUGUUGCGCCUCAUCAAGCAUGUACGGGAGGUGCAUUUAAGCAAGGGCGGAAAAGUUAUUCCCCCAAGUGAACGCAGUAAAAACUUUGUGCCACGGAAGAACCAAAAAAAUGCACAAAUUAUGCAGCAAAAUGUACAAUCGCAAGGGGCUCAAUCAACUAUGUCGCCUCGAGGUGGCAGCGUUAGUAAUGCAGAGAAUGGUGCUGUGUCGCAAUACCCUAUGCAAGUACUGGGACCACCACCGGAGCCAAUGUUUGUUACAGUACCACCAAGGCCUCAGCGUGUACUGCAUUCUGAAGCAUAUAUUAAGUAUAUUGAGAGUUUACAAAAUAAUUCAAAGUCUCAGCAAAAGCCUAACUGGAAAAAUUCACUGAAGACGGUUACACCAGCAAAUGUUGCUGUCAAGUCCGGUUUACCAACUAAUUGGUUGGGCAAAUUUGCUGAGAGUAAUGCCGAAGAUGUAGUGUCAGCCCUUUGCCAUUUACGCAAUUUUAUGAUGAAUGAUGCACUUCAAAUUUAUCGCAGCUCCUAUUAAGUGUCUCUAAAUGUGCAAACUUAUAUUCGCUUAUUUUCGGCAUUGUAUUUCGAUACCUCUCCUUUGGUUUGCGUUACUCAUUUUUUUUUUUGCUUUGCGCUGUUUCUUGAGGAUGGAAAUUAAUCUGAACAUUAACCAGUUAAAUGUGCAUACGUUCUAUAUGUAUGUAGUUUGUAACUUAAAAAUACUACAAAGUGUAGACAUCAAAUGGAAUUACAGUAUUCUUUUUCGAAUACUAAAUUGAACUUUGACAAUUUUUCACAUUUACCAAAAGCUAUUCGAUAUAUGAGGAAUAAGGUAAUAUGGACCUAUAAUAUUAAAAUUGUUUUUUUCUUUAUCGCGUAUAUAUAUAAUCCAUAUUUAUAUUGGAGUACAUGUACAUAUAUAUAAAUAUGUACGUAUAUAGGCGGUAUAGAGUAAAGCUGACCUUCAAUUUUCAUUAAUUCAACUUUGAUGUAUUGUUUGUAUGAAUGUAUUUCGAUAUGACGCUAAUAAAUAACAAUAUGCGAUUAGUAUUCUACAAGUA